CUGCUGUGAAUAAUAGGUUGAACAAGAUGGAGGCAAAGCUUCGUGUAAUUAUUGAUGACCAAAUCGAGAAGUUGGUUCUUCCAUCAGGGAUCCCACCAACAUUGGAGGAGCUGCAGAGUGUUGUGAAGGAUACUUUUGGGAUUUCAAAUGACUUCAGUCUUCAGUAUUUUGACCCAGAAUUCCAGGACUACUUCACUCUUCACAGAGCUGACCAGAUAAAAGACAAAGACACUGUGAAGGUUGUUGGCAUCACCCCGGUCAUGAUAAGCUUGACUCCGGUUGAUGACAGUUUUGGCAGCCCCUCUGGCCAACUGUCUGACUAUGACUCCUCAUAUGCUGAGUCAGUUGUAUCCAAUGCAGACUCUGCUGCAACUACUUCUUCUCAGGACACCAUUAUUCUCAAAAGGCAGAAGACCACAGAACGUUGUGAGCCCUGGCCGAAACAGUUCCCCAUUCCACAGUUUGCAUAUGAAACUGAGAUGUACCUGGAAAGAGCCACUGAGGAGUAUAAAAAGAAUGGAAAUCUUCUGCCCACCUCCAAAGUAAAGACUGAUAUUCUUGAGAAGUUGGCUGAAACUAUAUUUACAUUUACGGCCUAUCCUUCAAGUGCACAGGUUAGUUAUGUUGCUGAGGCACUUGUGACAAAAUACCCUUGUCUCAAGGAACCUGGCUCUUUCUCAGGUUAUUAUGGUUGGCAACAAAGCAUCAAAUACAAGAUGGCCAAUUAUCGUACAAAACUUAGAGGGUUUGGUGUUCCUGAGUUGACAUGCAAUGCCAUGAAACACAAGAGUCCAGGUGACCAGAAGUCUGCAAAUAAAGUGAAAAAGCCUCGGAAAGCAGAGGUAAAUUACCUUCCGCCAUAUCCAGCAGGUGAAGAUGAGGACAGUCAAGAAGAAGAGAGAAUUCAGUUGCUUACUGAAGUCAAGAAAAGAGACAACAACAAAGUGAUAAAAGAAAAAAUGGCUAAAACAUUUGCACAUAGACGACAUGAAAUUGUCAACCUGUCCCCCAGCAUUGAAGACAUCAAAGCCAGAUGGCCAGCAUUGUUUGAGGCAUCUCAUCUGCAGGAUGAGUUCUACAGGAUCACCCUGGUACACCUUGAACCCAAAUUCAUGUCCAUGCUGGAUGAGUACACUCCCAAACUGUUGGCCCUUUUCCAUUCCAAGGGGGGAGCCAUGGGAUUGAAGUUGCAGGCUAUCAUAGCCAAGUCACCAAGCAAUCCUAGCAAUAACAUAACCAGAAAUCUGGUUAUUCAGUGCUUGAUGGUGUACCUUGGGGAGUCCAUUGAUCAACUGAUCAAAGAGUACAGUGAUGCUGAUGAGGAUGGUGGGUCACAAGAUCUUUCUGAACAGAGGAUGAAAAUCUACAAAAUCAAGGCUGUUGGAUCUGAGGAGGAUGACAUUGGCAUUGUGCUGGAGGGUGUGAGAGUUAUGCCUGCUCUGGGCAAUUUUCCAAGAGCAUGCGCAAUGCUGGUUGGAUUGACAUAUGCAGUCGAUCUUGCCUAUCCCAAAGAGCUAAAAUACACCUUGGAAGUAUUCCAGAAACUUUUCCUUGAACUGGAUUGUGCUAAGCUCUCACCAAAAGUGAACAGCCUCAAGAACAAGUUAUUGGCUUAAACGAGGACUCUGAAAGAAUGAAAGGGAAGUAAGCUCACUGAAAACCUUUGGUUUGUCUUUUUUAGAUGCAGCUAUCUUUUCAGUUUUCAAGUUAAUUUCAUCUUAUUCAUAUCUUACCCAAAUGACCUGCAAUGUGUCAGGCUGUAUUUGUGCUCUUCAUUUUAAUGUUUGUUUUUUAUUACCUACAAGUUUCUUAGGAAUAUUCUGUUUGAAAGGCAGCAAAUUGGAGGAAUCACUAGUGAAGCUUUUCUUUGUUUAUAGUGUAUGUUACUAUUAAACAUUAGUUUAAAACA